GUGGAAGGAAACCGAUUGGGUAUCAAUGUCAACAUUAAAUAUGAUCGAAAGAAAAUGGCAGUUCGUCGAAUACAGUAUAUAUGUUCACAAGUAUAUUAUACUGUGAAAUAAAUAAUUGAAGGAUUACAAGUGAACAUAUAGCUAGUACAUAUUGAUUGUUUGAGGAUAGUAUCAGAUGAGGUGAAUGAUAGUUCUUGGAUAUAUUGUUAUUUCCAGUGAGUGGUAGCAUCCUAGCCUGAUUAUCAAAGCAGUGAUUAAAUGUGAUGUUAUCUGUGGGAGGUCUUGAUGGCCAAGCAAUUUGAGUUCCAGUGGCAGAUUCCAGUGCCAGAAUAUUUACAAAAUGGUGCUACAUUUGAUCGCUGGGAUGAGGAAUCAGGUACAUUGGAACCUAAAUGCUUGGUUAAGGUAGAUGAAAAUGGAUUUUUCAUUUACUGGAAGAGUGAAGGCAGGGAAGGACAAGUUCGUGAAAUUUCCCAGGUGAAUGAUAUCAGAUUAGGACUGGCGCCUAAGAUAAAUGACCCUAAGACUUAUGCUGAAAUCGAAGUAAAAGGGAACGGUUCAUUGGAAUGGCGAACUGUUACCAUAUGCAGUGGUCUAGACUUAGUAAACAUAACCUAUACACCUUUAAUAGCUGCUGAUGUAGACACGUCAAGGGAAUGGUUUGAAGGUCUGAGACAACUUACACCUAAUACCAAGGCCAACAACAUAUGUCCUAUGACCUCACUGAAAAAACAUUGGCUGAAAUUAUGUUUAAUGGUGAAUCCAAGUGGAAAAAUUCCAGUCAGAAGCAUUACAAGAACAUUUGCCUCUGGAAGAACAGAAAAGAUGAUUAUGCAAUGUUUAAAAGAUCUUGGUUUGCCAGGAGGCAAGUGUGAUGAAAUAGAACCUGCUGAUUUCACUUUUGAAAAAUUUUAUGAAUUUUAUCACAAGAUAUGCCCUAGGACAGAUAUUGAAGAUUUAUUUAAAGAACUAAAUGGUGGAACAAACAGAACCUAUCUGACCAUUCCUCAGCUUGUACCUUUCUUUAAUGAUAGACAAAGAGAUCCAAGAUUGAAUGAGAUUCUUUUUCCUUACUACAAUAGAAAACGGGUUUUACAAAUAAUAAAUACAUACGAAAAGGAUCUGGACUAUAUAAAACAAGAAUGGUUAAGUCUAGAUGGUUUUUGUCGCUAUUUAAUGUCCGAUGAAAAUGCUCCUGUAUUCCUUGAUAGAUUAGACAUAUAUAUGGAUAUGGAUCAGCCAUUAUCACAUUAUUAUAUAAACUCAUCACAUAAUACAUACUUAAGUGGACGUCAGUUUGGUGGCAGGUCUUCUGUAGAAAUGUAUAGACAGACCUUAUUGGCUGGUUGCAGAUGUGUAGAAUUGGACUGUUGGGAUGGAACCAGAGAAGACCAGGAACCAAUCAUCACUCAUGGAAAAGCUAUGUGUACAGAUAUACUGUUUAAGGAUGUUAUACAAGCAAUCAAAGAAACAGCAUUUGUAACAUCACAGAUGCCUGUUAUAUUAUCUUUUGAAAAUCACUGCAGUAAAGCUCAGCAAUAUAAAAUGGCCAAAUAUUGUGAAGAUAUUUUAGGCGACCUUUUGUUGAAAAGACCCCUAGAAUUAAUACCACUUGAACCUGGCAUGUACCUUCCACCACCCAAUCAGCUGCAACAAAGAAUACUCAUCAAAAAUAAAAGGCUCAAACCAGAAGUAGAGAAAAGAAGUUUAGAGUUGUUUAUGAAAGGUCAACAGGAACAAAAUGAUGACCUUGAGAUAGUGUUUGAUGUCAGUGGUGUUGUGGGAAAUGUAGAUGGGGAAGAGGGACCCCUCAAUGAUGAUGACAGCAGUUCCAGUGAUACUAUGUCUGGAGAAGAACUUAUACAAAACAAACCCAAGAUAACCAAUGGUCCAAUGCAGGCAUCAUAUUUGGAUCCUACGACACCAAACAUAGAUACUGAUGCCCAUCCUGAGUUAAAGUUAUGUCAGUCUAUAGACACCAAUGACCCAGAUGAAGAGGAAAAGAAAAGAUCAGAUUCAUUUGAGAAAAAAGAAGAGGACGAGGGUGGAAAUUUGACAGCUGAAGAAGAAAUAGCUUUGAUGUCUAACUAUAAAUACAUUGGAGCCACUACAAACAUACAUCCUUACUUGUCAGCAAUGGUUAAUUAUGCACAGCCUGUCAAGUUUCAAGGAUUUGAUGUAGCAGAAGAAAGGAACGUUCAUUAUCACAUGUCAUCAUUUAAUGAAAACACUGGAUUGGGUUAUCUUAAAACUCAGGUUAUAGAACUGGUCAAUUAUAAUAAGCGGCAGAUGAGUAGAAUAUACCCCAGAGGUGGAAGGGUGGAUUCAAGCAACUACUUGCCACAGAUAUUUUGGAAUGCUGGUUGUCAGAUGGUAGCUCUCAAUUUCCAGACUCCAGAUUUAGCCAUGCAACUUAAUCAGGGAAAAUUUGAAUAUAAUGGCAACUGUGGUUAUUUAUUGAAGCCAGAUUUUAUGAGACGACCAGACAGAACCUUUGACCCUUUCUCAGAAAGUCCAGUUGAUGGAAUAAUUCCUGCGCAUUGUUCAGUUCAGGUUAUUUCUGGCCAGUUUUUGUCUGAUAAAAAGAUUGGAACUUAUGUUGAAGUUGAUAUGUAUGGUUUACCUACAGACACUAUCCGUAAAGAAUUCCGUACCAAGGUUGUUCCGGCCAAUGGAUUAAAUCCUGUAUAUAAUGAGGAUCCAUUUGUCUUUAGAAAGGUAGUUCUUCCAGAUCUUGCAGUAUUAAGAAUUGCUGUUUAUGAAGAAACGGGUAAAUUAAUAGGACAGCGAAUUCUUCCAUUAGAUGGCUUACAAGCAGGUUACAGGUACAUAUCACUGAGGACGGAAGGAAACUUUCCAUUAUCACUACCUACUGUAUUCUGUAGAAUUAUACUCAAUACAUAUGUUCCAGAGGAAAAGGAAACUUUUGUUGUUGAUUUGAUGAAUCCCAAAAGUAAACAAGACAUGGUGACAAGUCAACUGACCCAGUUAGGAAUCAGUCCUAAGGAUAUUACAGAUGUCCCGAUAACAAGACCUAUAGCCAAGCCUAGUUCUAGUGCAAAUAUUAAUGGACAAGUUACUGGGGAACCAGUACAAGCUGCUAGUGUAAACAAUGGUCAACCAAGGAAAGAAGGGGAUGAGCUCAACUUUAAUCUGAUCAACAGAGAAACACUUAUGAAAGAUAAAUCUGUGAUAAAACUAAUUAAAAAACAACAAAAAGAAAUGGAUUUAUUAAAAAGGAAGCACCAAAAAGAAAAAAGUGUAAUGAAUAAACAACAUACAAUGGUCGUGGACACGUUGAUGAUCAAACAUGAUAAAGAAAAACAGGCUACAGAAAAGUCGAUAGAGAAAAAGUUAAAAAGGAAAGGGGAUUCCAGUGCAAGCUUAGAAGAAAAAGGGAAAGUUUCUUCUCUUUUGAAUGAUCACAAGUCAAAGUUAUCAGAACUGGUAUGUGACCAAACAACUGAAUGGACUGAUAUGGGUAGUAGACAAUUAAAUGAAGAACACGAAAUGAGAAAACUUCAUAUAACUCAACAGAAUGAUUUACUGAAGAAAUUGUUUGAUGAUGUCAAACAAGAGCAAAUCAAAGAGUUAGAAGCUAGACAUGAAAGGGAAGAGAAAGAACUGAAGGCUAUACAAGUGAAACAGUCAAUGGAAUCAAGCAAGGCAGUACAGAAUGAUAAAACAAUCAAAAACAAGAUGGAAAGAGAAAGGAGAAUAAAAGAACUGAAUGAAAAUAACAUGAAGAAGUUUAUAGAUGAAAUAAAAAGACAGAAAAUUAAACAAGGAAAGCAAAUGAGCAGCUUACAAACUCAUCAUACCAAUCAACUAGAGAAAUUAACACAGGAAAAUAAAAAGGAGCUUGAGAAGUGUGACAUGAUUCAUAAAGAAGCCAAAUUGGCUAGUAAGCCUGAGACUGAUGUAUGACACACACAUGUAUAGUGUUAAUAAAUUGUGUGUAUAUAUGUACAGUGACCAAUAUAUGUGUACAGUUUUAGAUCUCAGUGCUUUGUUAGCUGUCAUGUGUUUUACAUAACAGUGUGUUUACCUAUGUGCAAUAAUGUUCAAUAUAAUGUUAAUAUUGAACAUUUUUAGUUUAAAUCUCUACUAUUUGUUUUAUAUGAAAUGAAUUUCAUGAAAAUAUUAUAUUCCUGGUGCUUUUGAAAUAUUUAUUGUACACUUUUAAAACUAUCACAUUCAAAA